AUGCCUUCCAUUAAAUGCGAUCCACAUACUGACAUUUGUCUCAGCUUUCUCGGAGAUGAUGAUUAUUACACCAAACUUAUUGUAGGAAUAUUUUUCCAAACUAUUAUCUUCUUUCUAAGUGAAUAUGAUUCAGCAUGCAGCAGCUUGAAUCAUACAAUUUCAGUUGAAGUCAUCCGUUUCUUCAUCCAUCUCAGAUGUCUUUCUCUUGACACCGGUAAAAAAAGCUCAGAAACUGUUCAUGAAACAGAUGAAGAAAAGGACUUGUCGAAAAUCAUCAUCUACGCUGAAUAUAUUUCUCGUACACACUUCCUUCCAACUGCUCAAACUACUGGGUUUCAUUUCCGUCAAAGAAAAGUUUCAAAAGCUUGGAUCAAAAUGGAUGAUGAGCCCGGCUCCAGUUCGAGUGCAGUACCGGCGGAAGAGAACCCAGAAGGUGAAACUUCGGACUCUUCGAGAGAUUCAACUCCUAGCAUAGAAGAUGAGGAACAGUCAGCAGAAGAAUCUCCGCCAUCCCGACCGAAACCAAUGAUGGUUCCUGUUCGUCCACACAUCAAACACAUUGGACAUCGUGUCAAUCUUCUAGACUUCAAGAAAGACAAGGAAGACACCGAGAGUUUGUAUGUGCGUGCUCAGAAAAUGAUGGCCUCUGGAGGAGGAAAGGCGGAUAUCAAGUUGCCCACAACAAGUGCAGAGUAUUAUGAUUUGGAGGAAAUACUCAUGAAUCCGGCAAGAAUGGAAUCUGGAGAGCUUUCACUCAAUGUUUAUGAUGCUAUUCGCAACACGUACAACGUCCUUCCCGGUAAACAUACCGCAGAAACGAACUUUCAAAAAGUUAUCGGCUGUUUUUCUUGUGACGUUUGUCAAGAAGUGAUUCAGCAUUCAAUAGUUAACAAGAAAUGUGGACAUCGUUUCUGCGACCAGUGUAUUCUCGUUUCCAUCAUGAGGUCUGGAAACACUUGUCCAACAUGUCGUCAAAACCUGGGAUCCAAAAGAGAGCUUCAGCAAGACCCGAGGUUCGAUCAACUCAUCGAUCAAGUCAUUGAAAGUCGAACAAUAGUUCAUCGAAUGAUGGCUGAGAAUCGAGAUCACGAGAAAGACAUCUAUUUCGGCCGAUAUGGAUACAUCGAAGGAGAACGAGAUUGGAACAAGCGUUAUGGUAUAACAACAGGCGCCAAGGAACCGAAACUCAAGGAAUUGGACACUAAAAAACGGACUAUUGAAUGGUUCGACGAUGAUGAGACAGGAGAAGUCCCAAAACCAGUCAAGUCAAAAAAUUUGCCAGAAGAAGUGAUGACGGACAUCAAUGAUGAAGAAGUCGUUGUUGAUGGUGUCGUGAGAAAACCGAUAGAUCCUCGCAAAAUUGUCGUCGACGAGUUCGAAGGUGUAUGUAGCGACCCUGAAGAAUCCGAACAAGAACGAGAGGAGGAAUCAGACGUGGAAUCAGAGCCGGACUCUUCAGUGGUUUCUUCAGAAGAUACCGAACGAGAAAGUGAUGGUUCUGAGGAUGAUGUAAUUGAAAUUGAACAAACUGAAAAAUCAGCGAAGCUAGUAGCACCAGAAGUAUCAAAAACAGCAGUGGACAAAGUAUCAGAAGUGUCCAAAGUGAGAAAGUUCAAGAAAAAAGCUUCAAUGAUUGAUUGUGGAUUGGAAAAGUCGGAGGGUGAGAGUGAUGAAGAAGUUCCGGCUGUCAAGGACAAGACAGAGAAACCAAGCUCCAAUCUUUCAUCAAGACAAGGUACACCAGAAAUCAUUGACGGAGAUAUUCCGACUCCGAGUGAAGACUCUUUGACGUCGUCAGGAGAGGAAGAGGAGAGACGUGCUGGUGCUUAUGACUUUGUUUUUGAGGAUGAGUUCAACCGUGAUCCUAGAAGGGACGGACAUCCAGAAAAGGAUAAAUUGUUUAAUUUCGACUUUAUGAUUGAUAUGGAUGCUCAAGUGAAUCGCAAGUACGAAGAAGACGGUGUGGAAAGAAUUGUAACCGACGAUUCCAAUUCCGAACCAUCUGAAAAUGAAGACUCAGAGGAGGAAAAAUCAUGCAGGCGUCAUGCAUUGGCAAAAGAAAUUGAGAGAAAAAUUAGAGAAUCCUUGAAAAAACGAGACAAAACUGUGCAGGACAAGUCAGCGGCGCAAAGUGAACCUGUAGUGAUAGAUGAGGAUGAUUCUGACGACGAUUUUGAGAUUGACGAGAACGCAGAGGUUGACGAGGAAGUAGAAGAGUAUUUCGACAGCAAGAAUAUCGAGGAGUUCGAACCACUCGCCAAAGAUGAUCAAAUGUUCGAGGGAUUCUUAUUCCGCUCUAACGAUGAUUCACUUGGACGUCCUACACUCCAACAGGAUCCAGAUUUCGAGGGAUUGGAAUCCACUAAAAAUCCAACGGAUGUGUUUGUAGUUUAUCCAAAACUAGUUGUCAAAGAAGAUAAGGCGCUUGAAAUACCACCAAAAGAUUGGAAAGUCCCAAUCGACGACGACGUCAUUAUUGUCCCUUCUGGCAGCGAAUCAACAUCUUCAAAUAAUAGUGAUGUGAGCGACGAAGAUGAGACAGACGAGGAAGAGAUGACAGAGGAAAAGAAAGUUAAGGGUGAGGGGGAGAGUUGUGAAGUUGUGAAGGAGCAGACAAAACCAGUUUCACCGGAAAACGUCGAUCUCAAGACUGUGGCUGAAAAAACUUCAGAAAACGAGAAUUCAACCCUGGAAAGUGUUGGAAGUUCAUCAUCACUGGUAUCUGAAAAUCCAGCUGGGGAUUCAGAGACUCCAAUGAAGGAGAAAGACGAAACUAUGGAGAUUGAAACUGCAGAAAAAUCUUUGCACGCUGCAUCUCAAGAUCCAUCAACCAGCACCGAAGCUGACCUUCCAACUAAAAACUCCACCACGUUUUUAAACGCAGAGGCUGCUUCAACUUCUGGACAGUCUACAACCGAUUCAAACAAGAAAACUCCAAUCGAGAAGGAAGUUGAAGUGAUCGACCUGGAAAAAGAACCAGAAUCAGACAUACUGAUCGUCGGUGAGAAAAAAGGAAUUGCCAGAACGAAAUUGAGACUGAAAAAGUUUGUCGAUGAAGGAGAUUGGAGUAAAGAUGAUCUGCAAGAAAUUUGGACGGAUAUGCAGAUGAUAGGUCUGGAUCACUUCACGCGAGACGAGUUGCACCAUCUGAUGGCCAGCACUAAAGUUUGCAUCAAGCAUAAGGUUUUCUAUGAUAGUUCAUCUGAGAUUCCACAUAAAACGAAACGCAACAGAGUUCGGAGACAACAUGUCAAAAAAUUGGAUAAAGACGAAAUCGCUCGGAUAACACAAGAACAAACGAACUUCGAGGAAAAUAAGAUCCAUCGUCGCCGAUUGGCACUUCUGAACUCUGUGGAAACUGUAGCUGCAAAGUUAGAUAUUAGAAUCGAGUCGAGCGAAUCCGAGGAGGAGGAAGAUGAGGACGAUGAGGUGGAAGAAGGAGAGCAGAUGGAAGAGCUGCAACUACCUGAGGAAGGUUCACCAAGAGCAGAAACUGCGAGCCCUUCAACUUCUCUGAGGCAAACAUCAACUCCACCUAGUGCACAAACGAACGUGUCUCCAACAGUUGCUCCCACGACAAGCUCUCCAAAAGAACUGGAAGUUAUAGCCGCCUCUGAUCAAGAACUUAUGGAAACCAGAGAAUUGUUCUCGGAAGAUAGAAACGAUACUUUCUUGUUUGACGACGAUCAGCCGUGCAGCUCAGCACAAGCGGACGCAAGAGACAAGAUCCUUGAACGUAUGGAGAUAGAACAGAAGAUCAUUGAAGAUUCUAUAAAGCUAAAAGCAAAAGUGUCAUCACCGCCAAAAUCACCAACCUUCAAAGAACCGCUACCACCAGCACAAAAUGAUGGAGUAUUCAAAAAACCGAAAACUCCAGAAAGACUUGCUCAAAAUACGGACACCAUCGAAGAGAUCACGCUAGAUGAAAAGCAGGAGAAGCAACCUGAAGUCAUGGAAGUGGAUAACGCACCAAAGGAGAAACCAGUUGCUGACGUCAAUCCACCGCUGGAACUUGAUGAAUCUUCCGGCAUAAUCAAAGCCUUUUUAACACUCUCCGACUCGGAAUCAGAUGUUACAGACGAAGAAAACAGUGAGUAUGACGAGGACUUUGACUUCAAAUUCUAUUCUGUUGUAUCUGACAUUGACGCUCACGUGCUGAAACCUACGAUUACGGAACACGUCUGUAUGGAGUAUACGAAGAUUAUCACUCCUCAACCGACUCCAAACGAUGUGCCUCAAGCAAUGAAGUUUAUGUGUCGUGAUUUUGAGAAAGAUUAUGAGAUGCUCUACAAAACUGGCAAACAGCUACCUGCAAACUCUGAAGAUGCAAGAUUGGAAGCAUUUGUCAGGAAUUUCCGUAACGAUUAUGCUGCUAAACACCCGACUGAGAAACUCGUUAGAUCCACUGCGAACUUCGACCGCAAACUUCUUGACAAAUCACUUUUGGUCAGAUCCAAACACCUGAUUGACAUGGAUCCAUUGCAGAUGCAAAUUCUCAUCGCACUCCAAAAACAACAAAUCGCCGCCGGUCGAGGCAAUAUGUCCACCGAUGUGUCGCCACAGGAGCACGCCGAACAAGUUGCACUUCUUCACAACCUCCAAAAUCCGGUGAUUCUUCAACCGUUGAUGCAGAAUCCCGAGUUUGCCGCGACACUCGCCAUGGCUCAACAACAAGCGGUGCGGCAACAGCAAAUUCAGCAGAAAGCGAUUCUACAGAAGGAUAUUGAUGCUCGUCGUGCGGAACAGGCACGUGUCGAGGAGAUUGCUCUCAAAAGGAUUGCUCAAGAAAAAGCCGAGUUGGAAGAAGCUAAGAAGAAGGAAGAACUGGGGAAGAUGGGAAUGGCUGGCCAAACCGAGCAGGUUAAUUCAGCAGAAGCAGAUAUUACAAAGGAAACGGAACCUCUCCCUCAACCUGGCACCUGUGAAACUUCUGUAUCCGUUGAUCCAGAUUCAAAUGAUACCCCGAAUAUUCAUGAUGAAACAAUUCUGGCCGGAAAUGUGACCCAUAUCGUUGAGAAAACUAUCGAUGAAAGUAAAGAUGAGAGCGAAGAAAAGAACAAAGAAGAUAACAUGGAAGAAAGCAAAGACUUUACGGAGAUGACAGUUGACAAUACGAUCUCACUCGGAGAAUGCUCAACAACUCAAUACGAGGAGAAAACCAUAGACAUUGAUGAGCACGAGGAAGAACAAGGUCCUGAAGACGAUCAAGAGAACACUGAGAAAAUUCGCGAAGAGGACUUGAAUCGAGAAAUGAUCAGUUACGUCAACAGAUAUCAUCAAGGAACAAUGGUUGCUCUCAAUGAGAAGGGAGUCUUGAAGCAUCAUCGAAUUGCCAAACAGCUCCGUGAGUCGCAAGAACUUCAAGAGCUUAUUGCACUUCACGAAGCCAGAGUAGCUAGUGGUGUUACAACUGAAUAUGUUGCCAAGCCUGUUGAAGAAGAGGACGAAGAAAAGGAAAAAGAGCCAGAAUUCAAGAUGGACCAGUUGGAACUGGCCAAAUCAAUCUUGCGACAAGGUGUUGAAGAGUCUUCUGAUGACUCUGAGGAGUCAGAAGAAGAAGCGGAAGAAGCGGAGCGAGACAUGGGAACUAGUGUGACAACUGAGAAAAUGCCACGUGAGCAACGACCACCUAUUCCAAAACAAGAAGAUCUUUUCAUCCCUGUCAUUCCGAUGAAAGUUCGACAGAAGUUUAUGCAGGACAUCACCCGGCUCAAAAGACUAAAUCAUGGGGUUCGACUCGGAACGGCAAAAAAAAUGUCGGCCCGCCUCGCGCGAGCUCCAGUCCCACAGAAGCCACAACCACCUCCUCCACCUCACUUUGCCAAACCGCAGCUGCCGGCACCGCGAGGAAAGCACCCUGCAACGCCACGUGGAGCACCAAAACCGAAGAAGAUCAAAAUGGCGAAUGUGCAAAUGUCCAUUGUCCAACCACCCCAGCCACUUCAUCAAUUGCAAGGCCACCUGGGAGCUCCUACAAAAAUCACUGCUGUUCCAAACGUGGCUGCCGCUGGAUACCUUGCUGCUCAACAACAUCAACAACAACAGCAACAGCAACAGCAACAGCAACAGCAACAGAUGUAUGCAGCAAUGUCACAAGUUCCACAGAGCACACCAAUUCGUCCAAACCCUCAACCAACACCUUCAAUUGCCGCACAACAGCAAUCUCAUUUGGCACAACUUGGACAGUUUGUUCAUGGAAAUACUCCAGUACGUCCUGCAGUUGAUCCACAGGCUCUUGCCAAACAACAGGUCAUGCAGCAGGCAGCACAGCAGCAAGCUGCUCAACUAGCUGCACAACAAGCUGCACAACAAGCUGCACAAUUGCACACUGCACAGAUCACGCAGCAGCUCGUCGCUCAGGCACAAGCUCAACUGAAUCAAUCUCAACUGGGACCAAUGGGCCCACAGGUUGCUCACGCUCAAGCGGAACUUAUUAAACAUAUACAAGCCCAGAUGGCUGCUCAAAGAGCACCACCGCCAUCUACACCACAAGCAGUGGCACCUGGGGCUACUGUGCCUCCUGUGGCUCCUGAAGCUCAGGCGGCGUCUAUGGUUCCAAUGGUUCCUGUUGCUCCUGCCGCUGACAACAAUCCCAACAAAGAAAUGAAUGUGAUCCUUCAAAUUCUUCAAUCUCGCGGGCAGUUCCCACCAACUGACGAAAAAGCGUUCCUGUUGCACUUUGCUCAAGCACAAGCAGAGUAUCAAACUCUUGUCAAUAAUCAGAAGCAAAUGGUCGCACUCCAAGCUGCUCAAGUUGUCGCCGCUAGGGAGCGUGAACAACUUCUCCUGAAACAAGCACAAGAACAAGCACGAUUGCAAGCAGCUGCCAAGGAGGCUGAGAAGAAAGCUAAAGCUGAAGCAGAAAGAAAGAAGAAAGCUGAAGCAGAGGCUCGACGUAGAGAACGUGAAGAACGCGCUCGGAAGGCAAAGGAAGAGGCUGCAGCUAGAGAACGUAUUAAGCAAGAAAAUCAAAAGAAAGCUCGUCUUGAAGAUGCGACGCGACACAUUGAAGCAUUCCGUAACCAUACAAUGCGUGGAAAUCGCUUCACUGAAGACCAGAAGCAGAAGAUCAAUGAGAUCUACCUCAUGCCAGAUCUACCUCAACAUCAAAAAGAGGAAAUCAAGCAGAUUGCGAAGCAUCAAGAACAAGUCGAGCUGAUGAAGAUGAGAGCAAUGACACCAAUGCCACUUCCACCUAUGACACCAAUGCCAGCGAUGCCACUUCCCGCCAUGACACCUAUGCCACCAAUGACACCAAUGCCAGGAAUGCCUGCUGGAUUACACGGAUUCAUUGCACCAGGAUUCAUACCGCCCGGAGCACCGCAGCAACCAGGAGUUCAACAACCAGGAUCUCAGCAACCGUCUGCCCAUGAACAGUUCUUGAAUCAGGUUCAACAGCAACAAAUGCUUCAAGCGAUGAUGCAUCAGCAAGCUCAACAAGCACAGCAGCAAGCGUGGAUGGCUCCUGGCUUCCAUCCUCAGCAGUUCCACCUGCUCCAACAGCAAAUGCAAAUGCAGCAAAUGAUGGCUCAAGCAGGUCAUACGCCUUUGCCGCAAACUCCAGCUCCUCAACCACUUCCACAGAGAACACCUGCUCCUGCUCAGACACCUCUUCCACAGGCUGUUACAGUACCAAAGCCUGUUGUCCCAACCGGUACCCCAGCUAUCGUUGUUCCAACACCACGACCUGCUACUCAAGCUGCUCAGCCAGAUCCGUCGGCAUCGAAACGUGUUGAACUCGAGCUCUGGCCGACAAACGGGUACAGUGAGAAGAAGAAUCAUCGCGAUCCGAUGUUUUUUGCAGUAGAAGGAACUGCUAAUGUUCGGCAUGUGGCAUGCUUAGUGCGAAAUCGAUUAAUGUGCGACGACGUUACCAGUUUGUGGGGACUCCGCCUCGAAGACCAUUGUGUCAAACAGUUUCAUCCCGAUGAGCAGCUGGCCGUCGUUCAGCAGUUCGUUGGACAACAACACGUUAUAAUGUUCUAUGACGACGAAAGUGCCGGACAAACACCCCAAUCCAGUGCCUAUGUGGUUCACUCCAACUUCAAACCUCACACCGGACAACGAACUAAUUGA